UGGAUGGGUCUUGAAGUGAUUUUACGAACGGUUUUAAAUUAUUUGAAAACCACCUUCAGUAGGUGCUCUGUAUGUUUUCUGAUGUAACGCAACGGAGUUGUGGAUUACCGGUAUUGUACAUGAAAAAUGUGACAAACAAAAGUUUUAAAUCUCUGUUUUGCGAGGAUUGCAUAAUGCUGGAACAACUCUUUUUCCCGUUAUCCCGUUAAAGCCUGCAAUGAGGUUUUGAAGGAACGGCUCCUGCGUCAGUUUCUCGUGGAAAGGAGUUUGAUUGUUACACCGUUUUCUUUAUUCCUUGCCCCGACGCCGUCUUGUCUUGCUGGGAUUAUUUUUAUUUUAUGGAUACCCUGAGGUUGUGUGGAUAGAUUAUGCAUUCUCCAGGAUGGGUGCGAACAAUGGGAAACAGUAUGGAAGUGAGGGUAAAGGAAGCUCCAGCAUCUCCUCCGACGUGAGUUCAAGUACAGAUCACACACCGACUAAAGCUCCAAAGAAUGCAGCUACCAGUGAAGACUCAGACCUGAGCAUGCGAACACUGAGCACGCCCAGCCCCGCCCUGAUCAUGCCGCCCUGCUCCUCCCCAUUGUCGCCAACUCUGGUCAAUGGCCGUGGGUCCUCCACCUCCUCCUCCUCCAUUACCGGGGAGACUGUUGCCAUGGUGCAUUCCCCACCCGGCAGCCUGCCUCACCUCCAGACGCAAUCCCACCCCCCAAAGGACCAACAGACCCCUGUGGACCGCCUCCCCGACCAUGCGUUCCUGCAGAUCUUCUCCCACCUACCCACCAAUCAGCUGUGCCGCUGCGCGCGGGUGUGUCGGCGCUGGUACAACCUGGCGUGGGACCCGCGGCUGUGGAGGACCAUCCGGCUGACGGGCGACCUGCUGAACGCCGACCGCUCACUACGGGUGCUGACGCGCCGCCUGUGCCAGGACACGCCCAACGUGUGCCUGAUGCUGGAGACGGUGGUGGUCAGCGGCUGCCGGCGGCUCACCGACCGCGGCCUGCACACGGUGGCGCAGUGCUGCCCGGAGCUGCGCCGGCUGGAGGUGGCCGGCUGCUACAACGUCUCCAAUGAGGCCGUCUUCGAGGUGGUGUCACGCUGCCCCAACCUGGAGCACCUGGACGUCUCAGGCUGCUCCAAGGUGACCUGCAUCAGCCUGACACGGGAGGUGUCACUCAAGCUGUCCCCCAUGCACGGCCAGCAGAUCUCCAUCCGUUACCUGGACAUGACGGACUGCUUCGCCUUGGAGGACGAGGGCCUGCACACCAUCGCAGCAAACUGCACCCAGCUGACGCACCUCUACCUGCGCCGCUGCGUGCGCCUGACCGACGAGGCCCUCCGUUACCUGGUUAUCUACUGCCCGUCGGUGCGCGAGCUGAGCGUCAGCGACUGCCGCUUCAUCAGCGACUUCGGUCUCCGCGAGAUCGCUAAACUGGAGGGCCGCCUGCGCUACCUGAGCGUGGCGCACUGCGGCCGCAUCACCGACGUGGGCGUGCGAUACGUGGCCAAGUACUGCAGCCGGCUGCGCUACCUCAACGCCCGCGGCUGCGAGGGCCUGACGGACCACGGCCUGGAGCACCUGGCCAAGAGCUGCCCCAAGCUCAAGUCGCUGGACAUCGGCAAGUGCCCGCUGGUGUCGGACGCCGGGCUGGAGCUGCUGGCCCUCAACUGCUUCAACCUGAAGCGGCUCAGCCUCAAGUCGUGCGAGAGCAUCACGGGCCGGGGGCUGCAGGUGGUGGCGGCCAACUGCUUCGACCUGCAGCUGCUCAACGUGCAGGACUGCGACGUGCCGCUGGAGGCGCUGCGCUUCGUCAAGCGCCACUGCAAGCGCUGCGUCAUCGAGCACACCAACCCCGCCUUCUUCUGA